GUAAUCAUCCGUGAACUAUGUGAAAGUCCACUCUGCUGUCAGUCAUGAGAGUCCGUUCACCCCGCUGAACCGGCCCUGCACUCUGACAACAUGCCCCGCCCCCCACGCCGUGGGCCUAUAAGAAGCUCCGCGAAGCCGGUCUCCUGUGCCGACGGGUCCAGCAGACGCAGCAUGGCUCAGAAGACAGCUCUGAUCGUUUACGCCCACCAGAGUCCGGCUUCGUUCAACGCGGCGGCUCGAGACGUGGCGCUGCAGGAGCUGAAGCUGCAGGGAUACGAGGUCGUCGUGUCUGACCUGUACGCCAUGAACUUCAAAGCCAGUGCCACGCGGGAUGACAUCAUCGGUGAUGUGAGGAACUCUGAGCAUUUCCAGUACGGAGAAGAGACCCUGCACGCCGGGAUGGAGGGCCGUCUCAGCGAAGACAUCGUAGCUGAGCAGCGCAAAGUAACAGAGGCCGAGCUCAUCAUCUUCCAGUUUCCUUUGUACUGGUUCAGUUUUCCCGCCGUCAUGAAGGGCUGGAUAGACAGAGUGCUGUCACAGGGCUUCGCUUUCUCCCUGGAAAAGAUGUACGAUAACGGGAUAUUCAAGGAUAAAAAAGCCAUGUUGUCGUUCACGACCGGAGCAGCUCCGACGAUGUUUCAGCCUGACGGCAUCAACGGGGACAUCAACGUCACCCUGUGGCCUCUGCAGAAUGGGAUUCUGCACUUCUGUGGAUUUCAGGUUCUGGCUCCUCAGAUUUUCUGGAGUCCGGCUCACAGUCCCCCAGCUGCACGAGCCGCGAUGCUCGAGGGGUGGCGGACUCGACUCAAAGGACUACUUGCAGAAAAUCCUUUGACCUUUGCCCGCUGUGAGCUCUUUGACCUCAGCUUUCAGGGAGGAUUCUUACUUCGGCCGGAAGUGAAGGAGGAACUAGCGACGCAGCCUCUCGGCAUCUCCACAGGACACCACCUGGGGAAGCCGCUGCCGCCCGAUAACCAGACCAGAGCGGCCACAGCGGAAGACGAACGAGGCAACGGGAAGAAGGCGUGUGGCUCCAUUCGUACAGUGUAAUUCACGCGUGGUUUUAGACACGUUUACUGAAGUUUGAAUAAAACUUUGUAUUAAAGCACUUACUUUGGUGCUGGAGCAUUUCUCUUUUUAGAAUAUCUGAACAAAGAAAAGCUUUUACUCUAAAACAAAUUCUGUCGUCAUAAACAUGAAGCAAUACAUUUGAUGAAAGUGUAACUGAAAUGUAUGAAAUAAAAGUUUUAUGUAUUCCAAAAAAACAUCAAAGAAAUUAUGCUUGAUGUAAAGUGAAUGUAUCCUAAUCAAAUAAAGUUUAUUUCACCAGAUUUCAUUAAACGUAA